UGCAUUGUGGGAUUGGAUGCUAUUGACAGCGACAGGAUUGUUGAUUGAAGAACAGUCUUGUUUUCAUCAAUAACUUUGAGGGAAUUUGUCAUUUCAGCAGCUGCCAUGAACGGGUCAGUGGCCAAAAAGACCCAAGACACUUUAGGGAGAGUUAUAAAGAAACCGCCGCUUACUGAAAAACUGCUCAGCAAACCGCCGUUUAGGUAUCUGCACGACAUAUUCAGUGAGGUGAUCCGGACCACUGGCUUCAUGAAGGGACUCUAUGCAGAGACUGAGAUGAAGUCAGACAAUGUCAAGGAUAAGGACGCUAAGAUAGCGUUCCUGCAGAAGGCCCUAGAUGUGGUGAUGCUGGUGAACGGCGAGCCCCUCUCGGUCAAGCCAGCGCGCAUUGUAGCCGGCCAUGAGCCUGAGAGGACCAACGAGCUGCUACAGGCCAUCGCCAAGUGCUGCCUCAACAAGCUGUCCAGUGAGGAGGCGGUGAAGCGGGUGCUGGCCGGGGACAAGCUGGACCCCAAGGGGAAGGCCAGCUCCUCCCGGUCCCAGGACAAGGAGAACAGGGAGGGACGAGAGCGCCAACGAGACCAAGUGGAGAAGGCGAUCCGAGAGCACAGCGCCGGGGAAUGGGAGCAGAAGGACCCAGACCUGCCCAAAGAGCAAGAGGGCAGACGGGGCGACAAGGAAAAGGAGCGCCACCGCGAGAGAGAAAGGUCAAAAAAGAGCCGCGAUCGAGACCGUACCAAAGACCGUGGCAAGGACAAGAGCCGGGACCGAGAGUGGGACAAAGACAAUGAAAGAGAGAAAGAACGAGUCAAGGAGAGUGAGAGGGAUAGAGACAGGGAAAAGAGCAAAGACAAGGAGUCGCACAGAGGGAGAGAUCGAGAGAGGGAUAAGGAGAAAGAUUUAGACCGGGAUAAACGGCGAGAGAAGGAGAGAGAGCUCAGACACAAACAGGGGGAGGAGAAAACCAAAGUGCCAGAGAAGGGUGACAAAAAGGCCAGAGUGUCAGAGGACACAAAACACAGACCACAUCAAGAGGAGCCCAGUAAAACUGCCAAACCUGAACCAGCGCCUAUUGAAGAUGCAUCUGAAGAGACAGCGGAAGUCACAUACAAGCAGUCUGACAGUCCAGCCAGAAUACCUCGGCCUUCAUCUGCCAAGGGGCAGAGGCGCUGGCCCAAAGCAGGAGCCCAACAAGAAGAGUUUGACAGUGAAGAUGGAGACACUCCGUUGGCACAGAGGCCGGUUCCACUGGAGAACGGAGAUGCCACAGACGCAGUGCCAGCCCACAUGGCCCACAGGAGGAUACCUCGGCCCAGCAGCGCCCGGCCCGCCCCUCCUCGGGUCAAGAGGCAGGAGAGCUACACUGACGUGACCCCAGCUGAAAGGCUGACCAGUGCCAAGCCCCCGGCGGCCGUCAUCACGGAGGGGAAGAAGCUUUCUGAGGAUGAAGAUGAACAGUUUGUGGUGUUGGAGGCCGCCCCUCUUCCCCCCGACAUGCCCGAGAUGGAGCCAACAGUGGAUCUCCAAGGUGAUGAGAAUCAUGGUGGGCUGGUGAAAAAAAUCCUUGAAACCAAGAAAGACUUUGAAACAUCACCAUCAUCUCCAAAGUCCCAAGACCAGAGCCUGGUGUCGGAGGUGUCCAGGAAGAAGGAGCGGGACCUGGUGUCUAGGGAGAUUGAGCGGCUGCGCUCGUCCAUCCAGACAGUGUGCCGCAGCGCCUUGCCCCUAGGCAAGAUCAUGGAUUACAUCCAGGAAGACAUGGACGCCAUGCAGAAUGAGCUGCACACCUGGAGGAGGGAGAACAAGGAACAUGGGCAGGCCCUGCUGCAUGAACAGAGAGUGACGGACAGCGCGGUGGAGCCUCUGAAGGCCGAGCUAGCCGAGCUUGAGCAGCUGAUCAAGGAGCAGCAGGACAAGAUCUGCGCCGUCAAGUCCAACAUCCUGAAGAAUGAGGACAAGAUCCAGAAGAUGGUAACCAGCAUCAACUUCUCCUCGCGAAUAUGAGGGGGAGCCAAGGUCCAAAUAAAGGAUUAUCGCCUUUAAAAAAGGACCGAGCGUUCAGGGUGAGCCUGGUUCUUACUUAGUCUGGUGAAGUCCGAAAUGGAGGCCUCAACUGCACUUUUACACACACACGCACACACUGACUGACUGGUUAGUGGAGAGAGGGUUCGAAUUCAACCCCCUAGGGAGGGAGAGAGACGCAUGUUAUUUUGCUAGUGCUCCAUCCACUUUAAGGUGAUUGACACACCUUUACUACACUGAACAAAAAUAUAAACCCAACAUGUAUAGUGUUGAAUCCCAUGUUUCAUUAAAUUAAAAUAUCCAUACGAACUAAUAGCUUGGUUCUCUCAAAUGUUAUGCACAAAUUUGUUUAGAUCCCUGUUAGUGUGCAUUUCUUAUUUUUUGCUUCAUUUCUCCAUCCACCUUACAGGUGUGGCAUAUCAAGAAGCUGAUUAAACAGCAUGAUCAUUACACAGGUGCACCUUGUGCUGUGGACAAUUAAAAAGCCACUUUAAAAUGUGCAGGGUUGUCACCAACACAAUGCCACAAAUGUCUCUACUUUUAAGGGAGUGUGCAAUUGCCAUGCUGACUGCAGGAAUGUCCACCAGAGCUGUUGCCAGAGAAUUUAAUGUACAUUUCUCUACCAUAAUCUGCCUCUAACAUUUGACAGUUCUUCCAACCAGUCUCACAACUGCAGAACACGUGUAACCACGCCAACCCAGGACCUGCACAUCUGGCUUCUUCACCUGCGGGAUUGUCUGAGGAGGGGUGGGAGGGGUGCUGAGAAGUAAUACUGUCUGUAUUAAAGCCUUUUUGUGGGGAAGAAUCAUUCUGAUUCGCUGGGCCUGGCUCCCCGGUGGGUGGGUCUAUGCCCCCUCAGUCCCACCCAUGGCUGCAACCCUGCCCAGUCAUGUGAAAUCCAUUGAUUAGGGGAUAAUGAAUUUCUUUCAAUUGACUGAUUUCCUUAUAUGAACUGUAACUUAGUAAAAUCUUUGAAAUUG